CGGGUCCGCUUCAAGCAGAUCGACGACGACGCCAUCCAAGGCCCUGAGAAUGCGCCCGACGCGGCCGCCGUCCAGCUAGCUGGACUGGCCCGCUGGCAGCGCCUAGGCUCCGAAGAAGCGCGACAGCGGCGACGCGACCGCGUUGCCAGUCGCGCCCCUGGUCUAGCCGCUGGCGCUGGGAGAAGCCCGCGCUCAGUUAGUGCUGCCCGCGAGGCAUGAGUUAGGAGGCGAGCGCAAUGGGGCCUGGCUGGAGCAGCAGAAGGUCGAGGCGCCAUCGAGCGCGAGUUGUUCGCGGUGCGCUGCGCCCACCUCGUGCUCGGCAACGCGGGCCGCCCCCCCUUUACCGGCGGCGCCUCUGGAGCGCGCUCGCUGGCUUGGAGAGGCACUGGGGCGCCGCGCUGAGGAAGAAGCCGGUCGCGCCAAGGCUCAUGGUUUGGCUGCGGGGCUAUCUUUUCGACAGCAGCCUGAGCGGCCUUAGCGCGAUCGACGCGUGCGUUGUGUGGGCCGCGAUCUGCGCCGCCUUCUUCCGCCUCCUCAGGGUAUCCGAGUACCUUGUGCAGAAGGGAAGGUCCUGGUCAGAAGAGAAGAUGCGAAGGGGGGAAGUCGUCGAAGCCAGAAGGCGCAGAGAGCGGGGCAUCGCGGUCGCCGACGCGGGUGAGAUCGGGAUCCACAUCGCCCACUCCGAGACCGACUAGUGCAGUUUCGGGUCGGUCCGUAAAUAGUGCGCCACGAACAACCCCUGCCCCGUGCGCGCGAUGGCGGAGGUGGAGGCACACUUCCCAGAGCGCUUCCUGGGGUCAGAGACGCGGAGGCAAUUUUUUGUUGGAGUUCUGGCGACCCGAUCACCCGCGCUGAGGUGCAG